AUGUCACGGAACAUGGCUCCUGGAACUGUAUCCUCUGCAAGUGACCUAGUCGAAUACUUGGUCGAGAGUGCGGAGGCUGUUGACCCCAGUGCUCCUCGGGGCUUCUUGGAGCGGUACAUCCACAGCGAGAUAUACAAAAGGUACCCCGAAGUCCAGAGUGUAAUCCAUAGUCACUCGGAGGCAGUCGUACCGUUCAGUAUCAAUGGAGUUCCCAUGAAGCCGUGCUAUCACAUGGCGGGCUUUCUUGGAUCUGGUGCACCUGUCUGGGAUAUUGCCGACUCCUACGGUACCAACGAUACCAGAGACAUGCUAAUAUGCAACAAUUCCUUGGGAAGUUCCCUAGCAGGGUCUUUCUGUAACUCCGAUCAAGCGCAAACUGGGACUUUUCCCACUAAUAGAGUCGUUCUGAUGAGAGGGCAUGGAUUCACAGCAUUGGCAGAAAGUAUCGAGGCUUGCGUGAUGACUGCGAUCUACACACAAAAGAAUGCCAUGAUUCAGACCACAGCAAUAAUCACACAUGCCAUGUACAAUUCAGGAGACUCGAAUGCUUGGCCGAUAUAUCUUACCAAGGACGAAGCGAGAGACGCAACCCAUACAAAUUCGGGAGCAGUCCACCGGCCUUGGGAUCUGUGGUGUAGAGAAGUCGAGGCGUGUUCUUUGUAUCGGCACGACCCUCGAGACUAG